AUGUUGUGUUUCAUUAGGUGUGUGAGAGACGCCGGCCUGUGUGAAGGCGGCGUGGUUGGCUUAAUUAGCAUUGUUAGCACAGCUAGCAGGAGGGGAAAGAGUACAAAGGUGACGAGGCGGAAGUGGGUGUGGUUCUUGUUACUAACUCGGAUCAUUACAAGGAGACUAGUGGGCGGAGAAAGGUGUAGGGGAAAAAGAGCGGGAGGAGGGCGAGGAGGAAAGAGGUAUAGGGAAGGAGGAGAGAAGAGAGACUAGUCGAGAGCGAAAAGGCGGUGAGAGAACAGUUCUGAGUGAAAACGUGCCCAAGUGAUGGCCGACUCUGCGGUAGCGUCGACUGGCUUGCCGUACUCUCUAAGUGUGAAAACGCAUCCCUCGCCGCGUUCAUCUAGAGACUGGAAAGAUGAAGAUCGCGAUCGGGAUAGCAAUUCAGGAACACCUCGGCGGCGUUUGUCAAUGAGCUCUUCGGGCGAGUUUAGGCCUCAGCUGUCGGCAGUCGACUUCCGUCGGGAUACCAAUUCAGGAACGUCAUCGUCGCCGUUAAGAGCGCGCCCAGACGAAUCGCCGCCAUCGCCUUCGGCGGCAGCAGCAUCGCUGAGCAAGUUCGGGGUUGGGGGUUGUGGUGUCGGUGGAGGAGUUGCAUACCAACAACAGCAGCAGCGGUCGGGGUCGGGAUCGCCAAGGAUGAAGCACAACUCGUCUUAUCCAUCGCUGAACAACCCGCCAUCUCUGACCACUUUGAGAAUGGAUUGGCAAGCAAGACAUGGAGGAGGCGGAGGAGGGGGAGGUGAGAGGAACGGGGGGGGUGCAGUUUGUGUAGGAGGAGAUGGAAGCGCUACCGGCCAGUCGGUGGGCAAUGGCGAUACAGUGGACGAAGAUAGGACAGAUUCAAUGAAUCAGGGAAAAGGAGGGGCAAAGCAAGAAAGGCUCUUGGUGGUGGCUAACCGGUUGCCAGUGUGCGCGAGGAGAGAAGCAGAUGGUUCGUGGCAGUUGGAUCUGAGUGCGGGAGGACUCGUCAGCGCUCUACUAGGUGUGAAAAAGAACUUUGAGACAGUGUGGAUCGGUUGGCCUGGGAUGCACGUUCCCGAUGAGUGGGGAAGAAAGACCCUAACAAAGGCGCUGGCGGAAAAAGGGUGUGUGCCAGUUUUCCUGGAUGAAGAGACGGUGGAUCAAUACUACAAUGGCUACUGCAAUAAUGUGCUGUGGCCGCUGUUCCACUACAUAGGUGUAACUUAUCCAAUGGAGGACAAGCUGGCGUCGACACGAAGCCUUCAAGCACAGUGGCUGGCUUACCAGUUUGCCAAUCGCCAGUUUGCGAACGUCGUACUGAACGAGUACAGGGAGGGGGAUACCGUGUGGUGCCAUGACUACCAUCUCAUGUUGCUCCCCUCUAUGCUGAAGGAGAAAAGUGAGCGGAUGAAAGUGGGGUGGUUCUUGCACACACCAUUCCCGUCCUCUGAGAUUUACAGGACGCUGCCGCUACGGAGGGAGAUUCUCACAGGCGUGUUGAGCUCUGAUCUAAUUGGGUUUCACACCUACGAUUACGCAAGACAUUUUGUCAGCUCCUGCUCAAGAAUCCUCGGUCACGAGGGGACACCAGACGGCGUCGAGAACUGCCAAACCGGAGCAAUAACGCGGGUGGCAGCGUUUCCUAUUGGCAUUGACCCUGAUCGGUUUGUGGAAGCUGUUGACGAUGAAGCUGUGAAGUCAUACAUUGCUGAGCUGCGGGCCCGAUUUGCAGGGAAAAAGGUGAUGCUUGGUGUGGAUCGGCUGGAUAUGAUCAAGGGGAUCCCUCAGAAGUUGCUAGCAUUUGAGAAGUUCUUGGAAGAACAUCCGGAUUGGGGCGACCGCGUGAUACUGGUCCAGAUUGCUGUGCCAUCUAGGACUGAUGUUCCUGAAUAUCAGCGAUUUUCAAGUCAAGUGCACGAGAUUGUGGGCAGAAUCAAUGGACGAUUCGGGACUGUCAUGAACAUGCCAAUUCAUCAUCUGCUGGAUAUGGGUCAUGGCGACGUAGACUUUCUUGGGCGGGUUGUGGUCGGGUCGUCGAGAGAGGGAAUCGGCGACGCGGGUGCUUUUGCCGGGUGUGUGGCAAAUGGUGAAUGUGAGAUGGGCAAGAAAGUCGAGCCAUUGAGCUUGGCGUGGGGUGAUGUCUUUCUUGGUGAGGAUGGAAGAAACGAUGGUGUUGUCAGUGCGGAUGGUGAAGUAUUGUCCGUGGAGGUACGGGCGCCAGACUGUGAGGGCGUGAAUCACGACGAGGAGUUCCUUCUCGUUGGAGGGGUAAUUCAUCUCCGCUGGAAGGAGCUUCUUGCUUGCGAAGGCGAUUGGGUAUUCACCGACUGGAGCCUCGGGGUGAGUGGGCGAGUCCUUGAUGGAGGGGGUCUCAACGGUGUCGUGGGGGCAAUGUUGGAACAGUACGGCUCCAAUGGCGAAGUCGGAGGCGUCAGUGGUGACAUAGAAAUGGUGAGUGGGGUCGGCGAUCUUGAGGACAGGGGUCGUGGUGAUGGUUUGCUUGAGGAAGUUGAAAGCGUGUUGGCGACGAUCGUUCCAAUUGAAGGGCUCGUCCUUGCGUGUGAGUUCGUGGAGAGGGUAAGAAUUCUCGAAAAAGUUGCGAAUGAACGGGCGGUAAUAGUUGAGGAAGGAACGAAGUUGGAGGAGGGUCUUGCGCGGGGGAUACUCGACGAGGGUUUUGACCUUCGAGGGGUCCAUAUGGAUGCCUUCAGCGGAGACAGUGUGGCUAAGUCGGAUGGUGAUCGGGGAGUCGUAGCUGGUGGAAGAGAGGCUGACUUUGCGGACACAGGCUUCGAUGAUGAAGUUGCCAGUGGCACCAAUAUCAAUAAGGGCCCAGAACUUCACCGUCGAUUCGCGAAGGGAGAUGGUGAUAAACUUGAGCUGGAACUGUGUGGUUUCGGUACAAGCAGAAGAGAUCAUGGUGUUGAGGCUGCGUUGUUCGUGUCGUGCUUGUUCCUCGACGAGAUCAGAGAAGGUGGUAGAGAAGGGGUUGGGGAUGAGAGUAGAAGAGCAGGUGCCAGUGGGAAGCUCGACCGACGGGAUAGUAGACAUCGUCGGGAGGGGGGCAGGCGGAGUAGAUUGCGUCGCUUGGGGGUAGGCAGACGGAUAGUCGAUGCCAAGUGGGCCAUCGGUGGAGGCGAGACCGUCACCGAUGGGAGAGCCGGCAGACAAGUGGUCGAUGUUGGGGGAGGAUUGCAAGGAACAGGGGGACAAUGUUCAGGUGGAGGAGGGCUCGACUGUUGCGGUGGAGGAAGAAGAGGGAGUAGAAGGGUCGGGUCCCGCAGAGCGAGGGGCCUGUCGAGUAAAGCGGCUAGCGUUGAGGCAGUUGUGGUGUUCCUGGAGGUAUAUGCGUUCUGCGGGUGUAAGUUUAUGGAGACGGCCGGGUGGAGAGGAAGAAGGCGGUCGGGAGGCACGAUCCUAGCGUUUCAUCCGCAUAAGGUGGGUGGCCUGGAGGUCCUCAAUGGUGAAUUGGGAGGGGUUGAGAGAAGCGUGUCGAAGUCGUCAUCGGAGGUGGGUGGAGUGGUGUUGUCAGGGGUGAUGUUAUGGAAGAAAGCGGGGGCGGAAAGGAGCGGGCGUGGAUUGGUGAUGGGGGUGGAGGAGUCGAUCGUGGUAAAGCAUGCAAGAGAGGAGGUCAGCAAGGUGCAUGUUGGGUUCGUCGGCGAGCGCAGUUGUACGACCUUUGUGGCAUACUUGCUUGAUGCGAGAGAUGAACGCGAAGUCGGGAAUGACGGUGGCGGGGAGGUGAUGGCGGAGGGAGCGGAUGUAUUGGAUGAAGCGGUUGGCGGAGGUGACAAAAUUGUUCGAGGUAGUAGGAGUGGAGGAGGUCGAUGGGGGGGUGUGGUUGGAGGCGACUGUGGACGUGGGGGUGUUGGUGGUGACUACCUGGAUGGAGGGGGUGGGUUGGGGUGUGGAGGAGGGGGGUGUGGUCGUGGUGACGAUCGUGAUGGCGGGGGAGUUUCCCUCGAGCGUGGUGACACGAUCGGAGAUGGCUGUCAUGGUGGUGUUGAUGGUGACGAGGGAGGAUUUGAGGGCGGUCAACGUUUGGAGGAUAGUUGCGAGUUCCGGGGUAGUGGUGGUCGAAGUUGGCUGAUCGCCUGCAAGUUCACGGGCAAUGUUGUUGACGAAGUCGGAACGAAGAUCAGACAUGUUGAUGGAAGAUUGGCCAAUGGUGGGGAAGCGGGGUUGGAUGACGUGGCCGGAGCAGAAGUGGAGGCGGUAGCAGCGGAUGUGAUAUCAGCACCGGUGGCGGCGGCAGUGGCAGCGGCGUCAGCGGCGGCACGAUGGGAGGCCUUGACAAGAUCCAUAGAGUUCAAUCAUCUAGUGGCAUUGUAUGCAGUUACAGAUGUGGCACUCGUGACCUCCUUGCGGGAUGGGAUGAAUCUUGUCAGCUAUGAAUUUGUGGCUUGCCAGAAUGCGAAAAAGGGAGUACUUAUUUUAAGUGAGUUUGCCGGAGCAGCACAAUCACUUGGAGCUGGUGCCAUUCUAGUGAACCCGUGGAAUGUGAGUGAUGUUGCAUCGGCAAUAGAAGAGGCUCUCACAAUGCCAGAGGCUGAUCGAGUGGAAAUGCACCGCCACAACUUCAAGCAUGUUACUCUACACACGGCACAGGCUUGGGCAGAAACGUUUGUCAGUGAAUUGCAGUACACAGUGCAUGAGGUGGAGAUGCGGCGUAAGCGAACGCCUCCGCAGUUGCCCACACAGAUGGUUGUAGAGCGUUUUGCGGAUUCGAACAACCGACUACUUGUUCUGGGUUUCAAUGCCACGUUGACUCGGCCUGUGGAAGAUUCUGGCAGGAGGGGUCCAGAUCAAAUCAAGGAGAUGAAGCCAAGGCUGCACCCACUUUCCAGAGAAUAUCUUGACCUUCUAAGUCGGGACCCCAACACAACGAUUGUAAUUCUAAGUGGCAGCGAGAAGAAAGCUCUUGAUAAGGCCUUCGGGGGACUCAAUGUGUGGUUAGCGGCGGGGAAUGGCAUGUUUUUGAGGCAUGCAAGGAAUGACAAGUGGACGGCAAUAAUGCCUGAACUGGAGGGGGCAGAUUUGCGGGAGAGCGUGCAGGUUGCUCAUGCCACUCCUUUGACCCACCCUACCAACCUUUGCGGCCGCAGUGGAAAGCCCGUUCUACGGGGUGAUAGGAUCUCUCACCACCAUUCUUCUAUCGUAAUCGUCCUCCUGUGUUUCCUAUUGGGCAUUUUAUGGAAACUCCUCAAGCCUGUUUUCGAGUACUUCUCCAAGCGGACUCCUGGAUCGUACCUGGAGUCGCGAGAGACAUCAUUGAUAUGGAACUACAAGUAUGCAGAUGUGGAGUUUGGCAGGGUUCAGGCACGGGAUCUGUUACAGCACCUGUUGAAUGGUUCCAUGUCGUCCGGGUCCUUCGAGAUUGUCCAGGGCACGAGGUCAAUAGAAGUUCGUCCUUCAGGGAUAUCUAAGGGGGCUGCAAUGGAGAGAGUUCUGGCAGAAAUUGUUCACAGGAAGCGCAUGAGAGCACCGAUUGACUUCGUGUUCGUAGCAGGCAAAUUCCUCAAUAAGGAUGAAGAUCUUUACGAGUUCUUUGAGCCACGCGAGUCGUCAUCAUCAUCUUCAGAAGAAAAUGAGUGUGCAGCUCACCAUCAGCCUUUCCUGAAGUUUGAUAGCAGCAUGAGCAGCUAUAUCAAUAGUAAUGAAGGUGGUAUAAAGGCGAACCGCUAUAUGGAGCAGAAGGAUUCUCGGAAACCAUGCUUGAGAAGGUGCAGCAGCAUGGGAGGAAGCCUUCGUCAGUGUCACAGUCUGAACUGCAGUUUGACGGGCAAGUACAACCCUCUCAAGGCGGGAAGGAGGAGCCAUAUGAAGCUGUCCCCGAUGCUCAAGCGUUCCUUGUCGCGAGACGGUGCAAUGUGGAACAGUGGGGAUCCUGCCGAAAGCCUUUCGGAUGGGGAUGACCAAUGCGAUGGCGGGGUGGCUCUAAAUCUCAGGGAUGGGACAUCGUUUAGCUGCUCUGUGGGUAGAAGCAGGACGCUAGCUCGGCAUAUGCUCGGGAGUUCUGAUGAUGUGGUUGGCCUUCUGAAGUUGUUUGCUGAAAGCUGUGGCAAUUCGCCGAGUGAUGAUGUAUCAGUGGGCAUCCAGUGUCGGCAAGACAGGGAAGGUGAUGACUCCAGCUCUUGGAACGUGGGCCAAUUUCCAGUGCAGUUGUCAAGCGUUAGCGUGAACUCGGAUAUGAACGGUAACAGCUAUUCCUUGCCACAUGUGGGCUCGUUGCAGUGCUUUAGCACACCCGUAGGAAGCCCUGUCGGUGGCAGCAACUUCGGUGGUGGGGUUGUGGGGACCCCUGGGCAUCCGUUCGGGCCUGUGCGAACAGCACCCCCUGGCUCUGGUGGAAAGGGUGAACCUGGUGAAAGCCCAAGGAUGCAGGUCCACCUAGGGAGCGGCACACCAGGGAAACCUGGGGGAUAUCAGGGUGUUCCUGGGCGAGGGGUUGAGAGUCCACGGCAUCAUUUUGGUGGGAUGUCUUCUGGCCUUUCGCAUGACAGCACCCUUCACCCGUUUGGAGGUGGGGUAAGCGCACCGAAUGGUGAUAGGGAUAGUACCAGUCCACGAAUUCACUACAACAGUGCUGGUGUGCCGGAGAACCUCUACUACUCAUAUCAUCCCUAUGACAACCAGCGGGAUCAUCAAUUUGCUUCUCUCCAUGAACCCACUUUUCCUUAUCCUCCCAAUCGCAAUGGCAUGAGGUCUAUGAAUGGUAGCGCCAUGCCGAAGCCUUACUCCGUUGCGCCGAGGAUGCAGGCUACAGGCCUUGUGCUAAGAAGAGAAUUUGAUGCUCUUCACUUCCCUUGUGCCCAAGAUGCUGGCUACGUUCCGUGCCAAGAAGUGAAUUAUGCCCAGGAUUCGGGGAACUUACAUGCCGUGCACCCAGAAGAUAAUUUGUUGCUUUUCGAUUCCUCGUGCCCAAGACGCUGGCUACGUUACUUGCCAAGACGUGAAUUUGGCUCCGUUCCCAAGGAGGUGGUUGGUGUUCCUUAUGAGCAGUUGACAAGGUCAACCUCGUGGGGGUGACGGGGGUGCAUGGUAAAAACAAUAUAGUUGCAUGUGGUAUAAUGCGGCCAAAGGGCGAGAAGAAUGUUUAUGGCAUUCUUCUAGAAAACAGGUGUUGCUCAUGAUGGAUUCUGUCGAGGAAGAGAGAUCGCACAGGGGCAAUAAUAUUUUUUUUCUUACUAGAGAUUUGGGUCAACUUUUCUCCACGCUGGUUGUGUGGAAGGUGUGGGAGCAAGCGCGCGACUUCUUUGAACGAUGUGAUUCUCCUGGGAGGCGAGGGAGGUUUGUGCUGAUCGAGAUAGAGGCAGCGAAUGGCAGAACUGUGCCAGUCCGCAUUGCUUCGUCAUUCCGUUCUUGUUUCAUCACUACAUUUACCUCACAGGCUGUCAAUCGUCCACCACCUUCCCAGGGAACAACGAUUUGUGUGUUGCCUUGGUGAUUCAUCGUAACCCACUCGCUCUUCUGCAUGUUGCAUCAUAUUGUAUAUACUUCUUAAUGAUCACACAAUUAGAAUGCUCUCAUUCGUCACCCCUUCCUGAAGUCCCUGACUCAGUCGGGUUCCUCUCUCUCUCUCUCUCUCUCUCUCUCUCUCUCUCUCUCUCUCUUCUGAAGCAUACCAGACAGACUGGGACUAUUUUGCAGCUGGUCUGUAGCGUUUGCACAGUCGUCUGCUUCUACAGUUUUGUCGUUGUGAGUGGCAGCUUUGCCUCACAUGGCAGCUGCAACUCUCACUUGUAUAGCCUUAUCAAUGAGAUUGCGGGACAAGGAAAUCUCUGGUGUACAGUUUGUCUGCGUGAUAGUGUUAUAUUCAUUGUAUUAGGACUUUGAUAGCAGUUCGUUCUGACCGCUUAGAGUUUGAUAUCACUUCACCACUUGCAGUGACAGCAGGACAUUAGGAAGGCAUUGAGCUUACAAUUGAUCCAAGUCUUCGUCCAUGUCUCAUUUCCAUAAGCCUUGCUAACUCUUCCCUGCCGUGAUGGCCAUCCAAUGACUAGUCUCUUUUCCCUCUUGUCCAUGUGCAAUCCAACUGAGCAUUCAUAGGCAGCACUUUCGUUUUGUCAUUCUUGCUGUUCUACUCUAGUUGGUGAGCAACCAUUGCCGCAAAAUGAUGAACAUGGAACUAACCUCUUCUCCUCACUCAUCACACUCACUGCAUUCAGUGCAGCGAGCUCAUCGGGCACCUUUCCUUUCAAAGGGAUGAAGGAUGGUGGCGAUAUGUAAUGAACGUCACCCUUGCUGCGACGAUCACUGAGCAUUCAUAGGCAGCACUUUCGUUUUGUAAUUCUUGCUGUUCUACUCUAGUUGGUGAGCAACCAUUGCUGCAAAAUGAUGAACGUGGAACUAACCUCUUCUCCUCACUCAUCACACUCACUGCAUUCAGUGCAGCGAGCUCAUCGGGCACCAUUCCGUUCAAAGGGAUGAAGGAUGGUGGCGAUAUGUAAUGAACGUCACCCUUGCUGCGACAAUCACUGCAUGUGAUCUCGCAGUUGAAUGGUGGUAUAUGAGAAGAGCACCAUUCAGUUAAUUCAGGCCACAGCCAGGAGCUUGAAAAUCGAGGUUAGUGGGACCCCACACCCAUGAUGCGGGAGAGAAAGCUGGUGUGCGCCUUGCGUUUGUCAGGUAUUUUGAACUCGUGGGGCAUUGCUUGUCAUCCGUCUGCGAGAUGUGGCAGACUCCCACUGCCUGUAAGCGCUUAUUGUGCGAGGCCGAUAGAUUAAACACGAUGGUUAUUAGAGUGGGGGAUGGAGAAGGUCAUCAUGCACACACCAUGAACCUUCUUGGAGAUUGUCAAGUGCACACUAUGGUCGUUCUUUGCUGAUUUGUGUAUAGAGUCCACCUUGCCGGGAGAUUGUCAAGUGCACGCUAUGGACGUUCUUUGCUGAUUUGUGUAUAGAGUCCACCUUGCCGGCAUCCCAUUAGUGCACCUCAUCCUUGGUUCUAUCCAUCUUAUGUUGCACGGAUAUCUGUAUGCAUGAUGAUGCAGUGGUGACGAGUUAGAUGCAAGGGGAGCUGGCAAGCAAUCCGCAUCGAUUUCCACCUCACUAGAAGUUUGUGCGCUCCGGUGCACUCUCCUGGGACUUCAUUCGUAUUAGAUCUCUCUCCCAAAGGAAGAACAAUAUUCAGGUCUUUGUUCCUUUUCAAACUGGUGUGCACGUGUGCACACGUCUCUCUGUGUUUUUAUGAACGUGUCCGGGCAUGCAUGUGUGUGCAUGUGUGUGUGUGUGUGUGUGUGUGAGAGAGAGAGAGAGAGAGAGGCAGGAAGACGAGAGCAUCAUUCAUGAUUUUGUCAAGGUGUUUGGUGCGGUGAUUUUGGAAGUCUUCUUCACAACACUAGGAUGUGAGGGAAUUGUAUCGUUGUGUAUCAUUUAAAUGUGAGAGAAGAUGGGUAUGAGGACGUGUGGUAGGAUGACAAAGGAAGUCUAUCAAUUUUCAUGGCGAGCAGACUUCAUAGUGCUGGUUUGGCAUGGGUUUCACAUCUCGAACUGACUAUAGAUAGUACAGGAAGGGUGGCUUGAGGGGCGAGGAAAGGGCGGUGGGUUAUUCCGGAUGAUAGAUUCCCAUGAGGAUCGUAGGCUGGAUACUUGACAAUUGCUUUCAGUCCUUCGUCAGCUGGAGGGAUAAGAUUUCUUAAGAAACAAUCUGCGUUAUGCUGACUAUUCAUUGUUGCUGGUGACGUGGAAAAAAAACAGUUGAUAAUAUGUCAAGUUGAACUGGAUUCAUCAUGGACGU